AUGUUGCUUGAGUUAACAGUAACAGCAGCUCUAGAUGGUCGUUAAUACCUGGGGCUCCCCGGGAUUGUUCACAACAACAGAGGAAGCCGCACAAGUCCUGAGCAAAUAAAGCCCAAUUGGGAUUUUUAGAGCCUUUUUCUGAACUACACCAACGGAAACUAACGUUAACGCAAUUCUGUGCGAAACGGCUUCGUUGUUCUACUGAUAGCUGUUGUUUUUACCGAGCUAGCUUUGUCCUUCGCAGUCACAGCUGUGGUGGGUUGCUGAAUAUUUACGUUAUAUCAAAUCGUUGUGGAAUAUGGCUCAGCAUGGACAUCAUGUAGCCAGUUCCCAAAAAGCACUAAUGCUGGAGAUGAAGAGCCUCCAAGAUGAGCCAGUCGAAGGGUUCAAAAUAACUUUGGUGGACGAGUCGGACAUGUACAACUGGGAAGUAGCGAUAUUCGGACCCCCAAAUACACAUUACGAAGGUGGUUAUUUUAAGGCUAGGAUCAAGUUCCCCGUCGACUACCCGUACUCUCCACCUGCUUUCCGCUUCCUCACCAAAAUGUGGCACCCCAACAUUUAUGAGAAUGGAGAUGUAUGCAUCUCAAUCCUCCAUCCACCAGUGGACGACCCACAGAGCGGGGAGUUGCCUUCAGAGAGGUGGAACCCCACACAGAACGUCAGGACCAUCCUGCUCAGUGUGAUCUCUCUGCUGAACGAGCCCAACACUUUCUCCCCAGCCAAUGUUGACGCAUCCGUCAUGUACCGAAAGUGGAGGGACAGCAAGGGCAAGGACAGAGAAUACAUUGAGAUCAUCAGGAAGCAGGUGGUGGCUACCAAAGCUGACGCAGAGCGGGACGGCGUCAAGGUACCCGUCACAUUGGACGAGUACUGUGUCCGCACCCAAGUCCCACCCACAGACGACGGCUCCAACCUCUUAUACGACGACUACUACGACGACGAGGAACUGGAGGACGAUGACGAGGAUGACAACGAGGACUGUUGCUAUGACGAGGAUGACUCGGGCACCGAGGACUCCUGACCUCACCUCCUUCUGAUGUCAAACCCGAACCCCACCCCUUCUUCUCACCCCUUGACCAGUCCUUCCCCACGCCAUCACCACCCCCCACACCUCUUCUCUUGUCAUGGACUGAACUUUAAUUUCCUACCAGGCCCUCUUUCCUGAAUCCCACCAAACUCCUUGUCAUCCUCACUUAGCACAGGCCCCUUGUCCUCCACCAUCUGUCACAUGUGCAGUAACAGUAUGCACACUAAAACCUGAUGCAUCGAAGAAAAGAAAGCUAGAGAAUUGUUUUGUUUUUCUGGUUUCUUUCAUGUUUUUUUUGUUUUUUUUUUUAAUCUGUCGUCUCAGUAGAAGUUACACACACACACACACACACAGCAGCAGCACAAUUUACGGGGUAAUUGUACUGAGAACUGAUUUAAAUUUCCUCAGGAAGUUUUAAGCAUAACAAAACUUCCUGAUGGCGAAGUUUUUUGUAGACAGUUUGGCUGAGAAACAGUCACGCCUCUUCUCGACUUCAUCACCAAGGUGGAAUGUAACGUCACAGGUUGGAUCAGAGUAAAACGAGCGAAAUAAGCAAUUGGCAGCUUUUUGUUUUUGAAAAGCUGAGUCACUUUUGUCUCUGGGCUGUGUGUGUAUGUGUGUACUUGUGUGUGUGUGACCUCUGGGUUAGCAGGCUGUUUUGAAGCCCUGCCAUGCUUCACCUCUGACCUUUUUUGAGCCCCAGGGCUUAUGCUGCUCCAAACAGGGAAGUUAUCCAUUUGAGAAAGCCGUUCGCACUCCCUCGUGCCUUCCCUCACUCCCCAAUGUCACAGGUCUGAAUGACUUGUACGACAGAUCGUGUAUACAAUCCAAGGCAAACAAAUGUGGCAGAGGGGAGAUAUUCAGGCCUGCAAGGUCCCCGGUGGGGAUGUCACGCAAACAGUGCCCCUCCUGAUGGAACAAGUUUCAACUUAUUUAUAGCAGCACCUGUCAGAUUUGUCCAGGGUGUGAGUGAGAAAGGUAAGGUCCCAACAGCUGAACUAGAAUGGCAUGUAGAUCAAACUCAAACAUCCUCAACUGACUGCCACGCAGCCUUCAUCACACAAGCACGUGCUACAAGUGGCCUGAAUGCGUUAAGAAAAACAGCUGAGCGUGCUGCUGCUCAUGAAAUCCAAGGUACUGUAUUUAAAAACCACCUAUGCAGUCAGUGCUUGAACGUACUUAAUAUGCAGUGCUUUACACGUGGCAGUUAAGCUGAACCUUUUCAACAGUUCUGAUUAGAAUUUCAGCUCGAGUUUUACAAUCCAGCUGUAUAGCCGUGAGGGCUUUGGACUGACUGUGUCCUUGGUUGGAGAUGGUUAUGUGUGGUUGUAUCUGCCUUUGUGUUUAUUGCUGGUUUGUUAUUCUAACUCAGACUUGUCUCCAGAGCAGAAGAAACAAGGAGGGAGGUUGUACACGAGCCUCCACCAGAUAUCCCCCCCUAGUGGUGGCUUUUCUGUCUGUACUGUCAAGACACCCCAAUGGUUUCUUCUUACUGCCAGGAGUGCUCUGCUGCACACACGAGACACAUUACCACCAUCCAGCAGUAUUUUCAAUAAAAUUCUCAAUAUACCAUGAUUUUGUUAUGUGUGAAUAUUCUCUGAUCUGUUCGUAAGAUGUGCUGAGAAGCAUUGAGAAGAAGCACGGAAAUGGGAAGGCAUGGGGAUAGGGUUGACCUUUUGAGCAUGAACAGGAGAAUGUGGUUCUUCACUAGCAUGCUGUUAUGAUGUCUUUGUGGUUUUAAAUCUCCUAUAAGGGUUGGGAUCAUGUCCAGGGGCAAAGGUUCUCUGCUCCGUUUUAUCUAAACGUGUUGCAUUGUGAAUGGGCUGAGGGUUGUUGGUUUUUUUUUUUUUCUUUCAUUGUUUUGAUGUAAUCUUUUAUUUCCAAAUUUGUGGUGUGAGCUGCUAUGCUUUCUAUCUUAUGUGUAUUAAGUGCUAUGAAUAUCGACCUGAUUGUUAAAAACCCAGGAUUGUUCAUGGAAGGAUGAAUAAAUGUACCGGCUCAAUUAUGAAACAGCAGAAAAGUUCUGCACAACCAAAUUGACACAACACACCAUACAAUAAGUUGUUUUUCUAGCCUUUAAUCAAGCCCUGAAGGAUCAGAAAUGAGUUCUCAGAUGUCUCUGAUGUCCAUUACACAGCCAUGAAUGACCCCCCCCCCCCACACUUCAUCUGUUUUGGUGUUUUAGGGUGAAUGUUUUUUGUUUGACCUCCCCCAGUUCUCUGAGCUCUGAUUGGUGGCAGCAUCACUGAGGGGAAAAACCCAGCAGGUUAAUUGCAGAAAACUACAAGAACCUCAGGAAAAAAAAACAAAACAACAACAACCAAGAAACAUUCUUUUCCAACUGAGUGAACCUGACCCUGAGCAGUCUCACUUUUUGGCUUCAAAGGACUGUUUACAAUCUCUACCUUGAUAUGCACAUGUGUCUAUUUGACGAUCACUUGAUGUUUUUUUUUUUUCUUGUUUUUAUUUUCUUUUUUUUCUUAUGGUUUGUAAAUCUAUUUAAAAUCUGAAAUAAAGAUCUUUAUUAGUA